AUGAUCAUCACGGGCGUCAUCGAUGGUCCCCUGUCAGGUGGCACGCCCAAGGCCAUGGAGUUGUACGUCGUCAAUGACAUUCCGGACUUGAGCGACUGGGGGUUGCAAGUGGCUUUCAAUGGCAAUCCACCCAGCACUAGCUUUACGUUCCCUUCCGAUUCCGCCACAGCAGGAGGCUUCAUCUACGUCUCUUUCGAGACCACGAACUUCAAUGCCUUCUUCGGGUUUGACCCCAACUACACCAGCGGUGUCCUCAAUGUCAACGGAAACGAUGCGCUCCUUCUGCAACGGCUUGGCAUCUCGGUCGGCUUCUUCGGGCAAGUGGGUCAAGAUGGGACAGGACAGCCUUGGGCAUACCUAGAUUCCUGGGGGUACCGAAAGGCCGUGGUCCCUAGUGGCUCGGGUUUUCAACUGGCCGACUGGACCUUUCCGGGCAUAAACGUGCUGGACGGUGAGACCAGCAAUGCUAAUUCAACGACGCCGUUCCCUCUCCAGACGUUUGCUUGUCCUGUCCAAACUACAUCCACGACAACCGUGGCAGGGGUCUGUGAUGAGUUCCCGGACAUGAUCAUCACGGGUGUCAUCGAUGGUCCCCUGUCAGGUGGCACGCCCAAGGCCAUGGAGUUGUACGUCGUCAAUGACAUUCCGGACUUGAGCGACUGGGGGUUGCAAGUGGCUUUCAAUGGCAAUCCACCCAGCACUAGCUUUACGUUCCCUUCCGAUUCCGCCACAGCAGGAGGCUUCAUCUACGUCUCUUUCGAGACCACGAACUUCAAUGCCUUCUUCGGGUUUGACCCCAACUACACCAGCGGUGUCCUCAAUGUCAACGGAAACGAUGCGCUCCUUCUGCAACGGCUUGGCAUCUCGGUCGACUUUUUCGGGCAAGUGGGUCAAGAUGGGACAGGACAGCCUUGGGCAUACCUAGAUUCCUGGGGGUACCGAAAGGCCGUGGUCCCUAGUGGCUCGGGUUUUCAACUGGCCGACUGGACCUUUCCUGGCAUAAACGUGCUGGACGGCGAGACCAGCAAUGCUAAUUCAACGACGCCGUUCCCUCUCCAGACGUUUGCUUGUCCUGCUCCAUCCACCACCGUCCAAACUACAUCCACGACAACCGUGGCAGGGGUCUGUGAUGAGUUCCCGGACAUGAUCAUCGCGGGCGUCAUCGAUGGUCCCCUGUCAGGGGGCACGCCCAAGGCCAUGGAGUUGUACGUCGUCAAUGACAUUCCGGACUUGAGCGACUGGGGGUUGCAAGUGGCUUUCAAUGGCAAUCCACCCAGCACUAGCUUUACGUUCCCUUCCGAUUCCGCCACAGCAGGAGGCUUCAUCUACGUCUCUUUCGAGACCACGAACUUCAAUGCCUUCUUCGGGUUUGACCCCAACUACACCAGCGGUGUCCUCAAUGUCAACGGAAACGAUGCGCUCCUUCUGCAACGGCUUGGCAUCUCGGUCGACUUUUUCGGGCAAGUGGGUCAAGAUGGGACAGGACAGCCUUGGGCAUACCUAGAUUCCUGGGGGUACCGAAAGGCCGUGGUCCCUAGUGGCUCGGGUUUUCAACUGGCCGACUGGACCUUUCCUGGCAUAAACGUGCUGGACGGCGAGACCAGCAAUGCUAAUUCAACGACGCCGUUCCCUCUCCAGACGUUUGCUUGUCCUGCUCCAUCCACCACCGCUGCUCAGCUAGACUGCUUUGGUUUUUGUCGAACGUGA